GUGACAAGCAGGCUAUAUCUUGGCCCAGUGUUGACAGUAACUUAGAGUUCUUUGUCUUUGCCAUCAUAACAAAGUCAAAAUGUCUGGGCAUGGCAAGAGCCCGCUUGUUUACCACGCAGACUUUUGACCGCGUCCAAUAAACGGAUAUUGAUGCCCAUUUCAAGGAUUCGCAAAAUAGUUCGCAAAAUAGUUUUUCACUUUUUUACCUCACUAUUGUUUUUCAACUUAAAGCUUUAAUUCCUUCAACUGAAGAAAAACUUUUUUUCGGAAAUCUGUGGAUAAGAUCCCUUUUACAUCCAGUAGGAGGUCUGUGUUAAGUUGGCCAACAUGGUGUUGAUCCUUGGCAGAAGGCUGAUCAGGGAGGAGUCUGAGACAAGAGACUCUCCUGCUGUAAAACGCAAGAUCUUUGAGGUGGACCCCAAAACACUGAACAGUCAGGACGCCUUCGACUUCAACUGUGGCUCCGUCCACUCGGAGGCCAUCCUGCAGGUGUUCAACGAGUUCCGCGACUGCCGCCUCUUCACCGACGUGAUCAUCAGCGUGCAGGGCCGCGAGUUCCCUUGCCACCGUGCCGUGCUCUCCGCCUGCUCCUCCUACUUCAGAGCCAUGUUCUGCAACGACCACCGCGAGAGCCGGGAAAUGCUGGUGGAGAUCAACGGCAUCCUGGCCGAGGCUAUGGACUCCUUCCUCAGCUUCGUGUACAGCGGCCGCGCCAAGAUCACCACGGAGAACGUGCAGUUCCUGUUCGAGACCUCCAGCCUGUUCCAGAUCGCCACGCUUCGCGACGCCUGUGCCAAGUUCCUGGAGGACCAGCUGGACCCUUGCAACUGCCUUGGGAUCCAGCGCUUCGCCGACGACCACGCCCUCAAGCACCUCGCCAGCCGCUGCCGCGUCUACGCCCUGGCCAACUUCGCGGAGGUGGCCCAUCACGAGGAGUUCCUGGACCUGCGGCGGGAAGAGCUGGAGGAGUACACGGCCAGCGACGAGCUGGCCGUGGGCAAGGAGGAGAUGGUGUUCGAGGCGGUGAUGCGCUGGGUGUACCACAGCCUGGAGCAGCGGAAGCCCAUGCUCAAGGAGCUGCUGCACCACGUGCGCAUGCCACUGCUGCACCCCAACUACUUUGUGCAGACGGUGGAGGGGGACCACCUCAUUCAGAACGCCCCGGAGUGCUACCAGCUGCUGCACGAGGCCCGGCGCUACCACGUGCUGGGCAACGAGAUGAUGUCGCCCAGAACCCGACCGCGCAGGUCUACGGGCUUCUCUGAGGUGAUAGUGGUUGUGGGGGGCUGUGAACGAAUGGGAGGCUUCAACCUGCCCUACACCGAGUGCUACGAUCCGGUCACCGGAGAAUGGAAGUCGAUGGCCAAGCUGCCUGAAUUCACCAAGUCAGAGUACGCUGUAUGCGCCCUCCGCAAUGACAUCCUGGUCUCAGGCGGUCGCCUCAACAGCAGGGAUGUGUGGAUGUAUAACUCACAGCUCAACUUCUGGAUCAGAGUGGCCUCCCUCAACAAAGGCCGCUGGAGACACAAGAUGGCCGUCCUACUGGGCAAGGUUUACGCAGUGGGUGGCUACGAUGGCCAGACCCGCCUGACUAGCGCCGAGUGCUACGACUCCUUCUCCAACCGCUGGACGGAGGUGGCCUCCAUGAAGGAGGCGGUCAGCUCCCCGGCAGUGGCCAGCUGUGCGGGGAAGCUCUUCGUCAUCGGGGGAGGUCCGGACGACAACACCUGCUCGGACAAGGUCCAGUGCUAUGAUCCAGAGGAAGACACCUGGAUGAUAAGAGCCAACAUCCCCAUCGCCAAGCGCUGCAUCACGGCCGUGUCCCUCAACAACCUGAUCUAUGUGGCCGGGGGGCUCACCAAGUCCAUCUUCUGCUAUGACCCGGUGGAGGACUACUGGAUGCACGUGGUCCACACCUUUAGCAAAUUGGAGAGCUGUGGCAUGUCGGUGUGCAACGGGAAGCUCUUCAUCCUGGGCGGGCGCGGGGAGAGUGGCGAGGCGUCCGACGGCAUUGUGUGUUAUGACCCCGCCUCCGGCAUCAUCACUGGUGUGGCGGCCAUGCCCCGGCCCAUCUCGUACCACGGCUGUGUCACCAUCCACCGCUACAACGAGAAGUUCCACAAGCCCUGACCCGUAAACAAAUGAACACCACACACAUAAAUACACACACACACACUCGUUACAAAGGACACUCUUUGAGAAAGUUAGCUCAAAGACACACAAGCACUGGUACACACGACGCGAUCACGCCGAUAUGAUAUAUACACAAAGCGGUUCAGAUGUUCGGGUCUUUUCAUAGCUUGAUGUAGCAGCACGCUGGGCGAUGGUGUUACAAGUCAUACUGUUGACUACCCACUUUAUUCCUUAUUCUGUGAUAGGAGCCUUAUUAGUAUUUCUGUAGAACCGCAUAAUUGGUGUUAGACACAAAGAGAAUUAACAAUAAUCUCAAUGAUUAAGGCUGGUCGAUUAUAAAUUCAAACCUGCUUAAGAGUGACUUUCAAAGUUAGAUGAGCUAAAGUAGGACUUUAUUAAUUUGUAAAUUCUCUGCAUUACUACUUUGAUGUGGUUUUAGGAUAGCACCACCUUUUUCUAUUUGUAGCUGGGAAAAAGUAAUUUAGAUAAUCAGGACAUGGCCAGUUUGCAAGGGUUGCAAGGUUAUGGACAGCUGUAAUUGGUAACUAUGUGAUACUUCAGCAUGACCUAUAAGAAUACAUCACAUAUCUCCAAAAUGGCCUCGAUAACAAUUCCCCAACACUUAAUAUGACCUCUAGGUAAAGAUGGGCAAACAGUCUGCAAGCUGUCUGCAAAGAUAAAAUAUGGAGAAAUAAGCUCCCAACAUACAACGUCCCCUCUUCUUGCAUUUCCUGGUGGGGUUUCCUUUGUGCCUCUCAUUUCCUGCGGGCCGGUCAGUGCGGACCAGGGCUACAGUACACACAGAGUACACUUCCUUCUAUAUCUGGUCGCUAUGGACUCACUCGCCAAUAACCAUGUCGACUUCCUAUGUCUGUUUGUUUUCAGUGAUACUUCCCCUGUAGUUACUCUUCCCCUAAACCAUUAAACUGUUAACGUUAACGACAAGUUAUGUGGUCAUUGUUAACAUUACCAUUUCACAAAAUACUGAUCAUUGCUUUUUUAUUAUUAUAAUAUGAAAUGAUGGCUUUUUUAUAACAAAUGUUACUAGGUUGGUAUAGGUUUAGAAAUCCUGUCAAUUGCAUACAGGAUGAUAAAUGGUUGUGUGGGUGAUUUAAUGUUAGAAGCCUUUGCAGAUCAAACUCAAAGACUAUUUUGAUUAAGUGUUUAAGUGAGCUAUUGAUUAAUUUAAUGUGUUUGUGUGCGUUGUGCAUGAGACUUUCGGGUGUUUGGCCAGAAUGUGUAACAGCCAUGGAGAAGUAUCAAAAAUGGUUGCAUUUUUAUAUUGCAUGCUCUGUUAAUUUGUAUACAUCUGAGUGCCUUGUCCGAACCUGAUCAGUUGUCAGCACUUUGCCACUGCACAACAAAAUGUGACUCGGGUAACCAUGGAUACCUCCUUGUGUUUACGUCUGGGCAGAAGGGGUGCCUGUACCUCACACAGGAGGGAUUGAGAUUGGACUUGUUGGUCAUGUCGGUAAUGACACUUUUUUUUAAAUAUAGAUGGAGUAGAGAUUUUUGCUGUGAAUAUGGUAACAUUUUGUUUUGUGAUUUUGUUUUGUAUCCAUCUUUUAUUUAAUGACUCUUCUAUAAUUACAUUAAAAUGUAUUUCUGUAUCCAAGAGGCCCACAUCGUGCACUUUGACAGAUUCCCUGUUGAACAUAGAACAAGGUGACUAUGUAAUAUGGUAACUUUUUUUUUUUUUUUUUACUGUAUCAGUAAAUGUUCUUUGCUGUCAUGUGACGUAUUUGAGUUGAGAUAGGGGUUGAGGGUCUUGUUAGUGACCCCUGCUGGUUCCGACAUGCCAUGACAUCAACAAGAGCAUGAUGUCAAAAUGGUUAGAGUUGUGACACUAGGCUACUUAUCGUUCAAGGUAUAAGGAAAGAAUUGAUUGAAUAAUCACAUUUUCGUUAAAUUGAUACACAGCUUGGGGCAGGGUAGUGUUCGCGUGGCGGGGUGUUUGACUCUCUGGCUGAAAGGUACUGGGUUCGAUCCCCUAUGUCUACAUUUUACCUGUAGGUAUCCUAGCGCAAGAUGUCUAACCCCUACCGACUCCCCCAUUACAUGGAUACGAAUUCACAGUAGACACUAUGGAUAAUUGCAUCAGCCAAAUUACUAGGUAACUUGACAUACUGGAGCCAGCUGAGUUCUACAAGUUGAAAGAAAUAGAGUAAGUAGCAGUUUGUGUGCGUGUGUGAUUACACUGAGUAUUUACUACUCCCGAAUGGACCCUUGGAUCUUUUUGUAAUGCAUUUUUUCGUGUUUUCUAUAAUAGUGUAGUCGAGGAUGUUAAGGUAUUCCUCUGUUUUCACGCCUCCUUCCUGACUUUUUAAAUCAUAGGUCAUUUUUGUAAUUGGUUAUGGGAUUGUUCGUAUGUGUGUGUGUGUGUGUUUGGCUGACAUGUGGGUGUAUUCUUGCCUUACAUGUUCACGAAUGAUGACAUACAUUUGAACAAAUAUAAAUUGAUAACUCUGGCAAUAUAUAUAUUGGCUUGACUUUUAAAGAUUUCUUAAAAAUUGUGGCACGGUUAUUGAAUGCAAGGUGGAGGCUUCCACCUGCUUUAUACAGAAUACCUUACCCGUGUGCCUUAAUGAUGUAAUAAACAAAACAAGAAAGGAAUUGAUGUUGACAAUUACAAGUAAGCUUUUGAUGUUGUAAGUUCUCUCUUCAUUUAGCUGUGAUGCCUUAUCUUUGACAAUAUUUUCUGAAAUUGUCAAUGAAAUACCAAUAAAGAUAUUCUGUCAACAUAUCCAUGUGUGC